GUGUUUCCACUUUUUCACCAGCUUCUGAAUGCAGCGUAUCACGUGACAGCGCCUCACAGAUCAGAGAAGGAAAGCUAACAUGGCGGUGUGCAUAUCAGUCAUCGCAAAAGAGAACUACCCGCUGUAUAUCCGCAGUGUGCCCACCCAAAAUGAGCUGAAGUUUCACUACACCGUGCACACCUCCCUGGAUGUGGUGGAAGAGAAGAUCUCUGCUGUGGGCAAAUCUUUAGGGGACCAGAGAGAGCUGUACCUGGGUCUGCUCUAUCCCACUGAAGACUACAAAGUAUAUGGGUAUGUAACAAACUCCAAGGUGAAAUUUGUUAUCGUUGUGGACUCCUCAAAUACAUCAUUACGGGACAAUGAAAUCCGAAGUAUGUUCAGAAAACUACACAACUCUUUCACUGAUGUAAUGUGCAACCCAUUCCACACUCCAGGGGACACCAUUCAGUCCAAGGCUUUCGAUGGCAUUGUAUCUGGAAUGAUGGUGCAAGCUGGCUGACACUUCUUCCCCCUCUUCCCCUGAACCUCCACUGUACAGAACACCCCUAAUCCCAACUAUUGUUAACAUGUUGCCUUGAUGAUUUAAAUGCAUAAUAAACUACAUUUGUUGAUUA